AUGGAGUCUAAAUUUGACCCAGGGUUGAAGUUGUUUAAGUGGUUCCCUAACAUGGUGUUAGAGUUUUGGUUGGAGGUCUUGGGAUCGAAAUCUCCAAUCCGGACUGCAUUAGCAUCAUCAUAUCCGCCUUCAAAUGGCGCAUUCAAACCAGAGGCAAGCAAUGUUAUGAGUGCCAUUCUUGCAUUUUUAUUGGCACGAGGAUCACCCCUUAUGAUCAAUGUGCAUCCUUACUUUGCCUACUCAUCUGACCCUACCAAUAUACACUUGAACUACGCUCAGUUCACUGCAACUAGUCCCGUGGUUCAGGACGGGGCCUUGAGCUAUUAUAACCUGUUUGAUGCCACGGUGGAUGCUUUUUUCGCAGCAAUGGAGAAAGCGGGAGGGGGUGGUGUUGGUGUUGUGGUGUCUGAGAGUAGUUGGCCUUCUGAUGGGAAUGGAGAUUUCACCACUCCAGAACUUGCAGGGACAUAUAACAGGAAUUUCUUGAAGAACAUAACCUCAAAGGCAGGGACACCAAAAAGACCAUGGUGCUUACAUUGA